AUGGCUACCAUGGCUACCGCCAAGGCCAGCGAGCCCUGCCGCCUCGUGGUCCUUUGCUCCGGCUCGGGCACGAACCUGCAGGCCAUCAUCGACGCCGUCGCAGCCGGCACGAUUCCCAACAGCGAGAUCGAGAGGGUCAUUGUCAACCGGAAGAACGCCUUCGCAGUCCAGAGGGCCGAAAAGGCCGGCAUCCCCACCAGGUACUUCAACCAGGUCUCCGCGGGCUUCAUCCAAAAGGGCGAGAAGGAUGAGACGAAGCUGAAGGACGGCCGCGCCCGCUACGACGCGGCUUUGGCAGAGAUUGUUCUUCAGGACAAGCCGGAUCUCAUCGUUCUGGCCGGAUGGAUGGCAAUAUUUACUUCGAGCUUCCUGCGGCCUCUCGAUGCGGCCGGUGUCCCAGUCAUCAACCUCCAUCCCGCGCUGCCAGGUGCUUAUGACGGUGCCAACGCCAUUGGCAGAGCGUAUGACGACUUCAAGGCUGGCCAGUUGCAGAACAACCGGACCGGGGCCAUGAUUCACUACGUCAUCGAGGCCGUAGACAGAGGACAGCCCAUUCUCGUCGAGGAGGUCGAGGUCCGCGAAAGUGACAGCCUGGCAGACCUCGAAGAACGCAUGCACAGUGUCGAGCAUGAAAUCAUUGUGAAGGCCACGGCCAAGGUUGUGCAGGAGAUCCUAGCCAAGAAGAGACAUUGA